AUGGGAGUGGAUUACAUUAAGGAGCAGAUGACGGAUCCUUCCUUGUCAGGAGAAGCCACCAGAUCCAGCUCAUCUGAUGAGGGAGACUUCUUCUCUUCCCUGAAGAGCUCUCACGUUACUCAAGACAGCUCCAAGCAACUAGAUGGAUACCCGGCCCUUACAGCAGAUCAGAUGGAUGCACUGAAGACGUUCCCUGCUGUCUCUGCAUCGAAUUCAUUCUUGUUGCUGGACACACUGGGCUCUGGAACUUAUGGAAUAGUGCAUCAGUGCUUUAAAAUGGAAACUAAGGAGAUUGUGGCACUGAAGGUUGUAUCGAAAGAAGACGGCAAAAAAGAACUGGACAAUCUUGUAGCACUCCGGGAGAUCGGUCAAGAAAAGAAUAACUUGGUCCGGUUCAACGGGCAUUACCAACAAGGUGAAAAAACUCUUCUGGAGUUUGAAAAGCUGGAUAAGACUUUGUUUGAUUGGCUUGAAAUGUCCGGGGGCAAGGGGCGGCCUCUGUCUGAGAUUCAAGCGAUCGCAAAGCAGAUGUUGGUGUCUCUGACUGCCCUGAAGAGCCUCAAUAUGGUACAUGGGGACAUCAAGCCAAACAAUAUAAUGUUGGUGGAUCAUCUGCGACAGCCCUCAAAGGUGAAGCUCAUUGAUUUUGGCAUGGCUACUCGGGUCUCCAAAUUGGAAACUGGACAGCAUUUCCAGAUUGUUGGUUUCAGGGCCCCUGAGGUCAUGCUGGGACUUCCUCUGAAUGAGGCCAUGGAUAUGUGGGGUCUUGGAUGCAUUUUGGCCUUCCUGUACCUCGGAAAAUGUCUGUAUAAUCUAGGUUCUUGCCAAUAUCAGGCAAUGAAGAACUUGGUACAGAUAAGUGGUCAGCCCAAUGAGAACCUGCUGAAUUCUGGAAGAUACACCAAUGUGUUUUUUACGAAGAUGAAAUAUAUUAAAAAACAAUUGUGGAGACUGAAGGAACAUUGCUGCUGCGAGGAGUGUGCAGUACCAGGGAAGAAACGCAGAACGUCCUCACAGAGCAGCAAGGGGAGCCCAGCAUCCUCUACGAUUCAGAACCCUGUGCAGUUUGCCAGUCUCGAUGACAUUGUGUUGACUCGCCCAGGUGCGGCUGAAAAUGAGGACACUCAGGCCUUUUUAAGCCUCCUGAAACGGAUGUUGCAUCUCGAUGCAAAAAAAAGAAUCGACCCCAGCGAAGCUCUGCGACAUCCUUUCAUGACCAUGAAGCACUUUCCUAGUGAGUGUGUCUCCAAUCCCGACAUGCCAUCGGCCCCUGGGAGAAGACGAGUUCGCCGAUUGGCAGCAUGCAAUGGAAAGGGCAAUACAACUUGUGUAGUAGGGGUAAAAGGAAGAUACCCCUCUUCUGCUAACACAACGCUCAACACAUUUUCCUGGACCAUGAUUCUGCAGCCCAGGACGUUGUUUGUGUUCCUGGCCCAUGCACAUGUUUUGGUAUCUUUGAGGAAUAAUGGGGAAGUGCGGGGCAACGAAGGCGCCAGCGUCAGCGCGCACUCCGCCAGGACUUUCCACGCGUCACUGCGGGAGAGUCACCAAAGCAGAGCCAGGGAGCGUGCGCUCUCGGCGGGGUAUGCCACAGGUGCGUCCUCGGCGGAGCGGGCCAUCUCCAGGGGGACCCUUAACUUCACUCACCCCUGGAGGAGAGCGUCAAUUGUGGGGGAGACGAGGCGAGUGGGACACAACAAGCGCGACUUCAAUAGGACCGUGACACCCGUGGAGGAUCCCCACGCCGUCGCACAUUGGGACGCGACGCGCCGCCACAGUAAGAGGAUAAAGUUGAAUGGCGCUCUUGAUACUACGAGGACGCCAGCAGGUGGACACUACAAUGCGGCUAAGCCCUCGUCAAUGGGCCGGGGAGGAGGGGGCCUCGAGGAGGGCGACAGGCACAAGAGGGGCACAAAAGACGAGCAGAAGAAAGGAUGGAAGAGGGGGAGAAGGCUUAACAAAGGCGCGGUGCCUCUGGCCCAACCUCACACGUCGCCGUGGGAACCCAUCCCCAAGCCUGUGGCCCUCACCUCCACCGACAUGCCCUUUGACCUCUUCACCAGGAGGCCCGAGCUCUUCACGUUCAGGGAGGAGAACCCCUGGGACGCCACGCCGAUCACGCCCCCCAGCUCGCCGGACUUCGGCGGCGACGAGAUCAAGAACCCCUUCUACCCGGUGACCAGCGAGACCUACGGCGCCUACGCCAUCACCUGCGUGUCCGGGGUGAUCUUCCUGGUGGGCAUAGCGGGCAACAUCGCCAUCCUGUGCAUCGUGUGCCAGAACUACUACAUGAAGAGCAUCUCCAACUCGCUGCUGGCCAACUUGGCUGUGUGGGAUUUUGUGCUCAUCCUCUUCUGCCUGCCCAUGGUGGUGUUCCACGAGCUGACCAAGUCCUGGCUGCUGGGGGAGUUCACCUGCAAAGUGGUGCCAUAUGUGGAGGUGGCGUCUCUGGGCGUGACCACCUUCACCCUGUGCGCUCUGUGCAUCGACCGCUUCCGCGCGGCCACCAACGUCCAGAUGUACUACGAGAUGAUCGAGAACUGCACGUCGACCACCGCCAAGCUCGCCGUCAUCUGGAUCGGCGCCCUCCUCCUGGCCCUGCCCGAGCUCCUCAUCCGGCAGCUGGUGACGGAGGACACGGGGAUGCCCGGCGAGCCUCCCGUCGAACGCUGCGUCAUCAGGAUAUCCACCUCGCUUCCCGACAUGCUCUACGUGCUGGGCCUGACCUACGAGGGCGCCCGUCUGUGGUGGUGCUUCGGCUGCUACUUCUGUUUGCCCACCCUCUUCACCAUCGGGUGCUCGCUGGUAACGGCGCGCAAGAUCCGUCGCGCGGAGCAGGCCAGCGUGCGCAGCAACAAGAAGCAGAUCCGGCUGGAGAGCCAGAUGAACUGCACCGUCGUGGCGCUGGCGAUUGUCUACGGUGCGUGCGUUGUGCCUGAGAACAUCUGCAACAUAGUUUCCGCCUACAUGGCGGCCGGUGUUCCCGAGCACACCAUGUCCAUCCUCCACCUUCUCUCCCAGCUGCUGCUCUUCUGCCGGGCCGCCGUGACGCCUGCGCUGCUGCUCCUGCUGUGUCGUCCGCUGGGCAGGGCCUUCCUGGACUGCUGCUGCUGCUGCUGCUGCAACCACGUGCCCUCCUCGGCCACGGCCAGCGACGAUAACGAACACGAGUGCACCACCGAGCUGGAGCUGUCGCCGUUCAGCACCAUCCGCAGGGAGCUGAGUAACUACACACCCGCUGGCUCCAACUGCUAA